UGCACGAGAACAGAGAGGCAUUACCUUAAUUUCCAGUUUCAUCGGCAAUUUGUACAAUGCGGAGGUGAAAACGCGCGCUCUCGCCGAUCGAGGUACGAACCCUUGACGGUACACACUGGUAAUAUACCAGUUAGUAUUAUUUUCAUGAUCUGAAAGCUAUUGCUGGUAGAGAAUCACGCAUGCAUUCAAACAGAGGAUUAUCGCGGAGGAAUUGCCUCGAAACCAUGAACUGCAGCUGGGGGACGGAGCUGUGGGAUCAGUUUGAUAAUCUAGAGAAGCAUACUCAGUGGGGCAUUGAGUUUCUGGAACGCUACACCAAGUUUGUAAAGGAGCGGUCUGAAAUUGAAUUGAGCUACGCCAAGCAGAUGAGGAAUCUGUCCAAGAAAUAUCAGCUGAAGAAGAACUCCAAAGAGGAAGAUGAAUUCAAGUACACGUCAUGUCGAGCUUUUCUCAUGACCUUAAAUGAACUGAACGACUACGCGGGUCAGCACGAGGUCAUCGCUGAGAAUCUGUCCUCUCAGAUCAUCGCAGAGUUGACUCGCUACAUUCAAGAACUGAAGGCAGAACGCAAAUCGCAUUUUCAUGAUGGCCGUCGAGCGCAGCAACACAUUGAAAAUUCCUGGAAGCAGUUGGAAUCGAGUAAGAGAAGAUUCGAACGGGACUGUAAAGAAGCGGAUCGGGCUCAGCAUUACUUCGACAAGAUGGAUGCCGACAUUAACGUGACUAAGGCGGAUGUGGAGAAGCGGUGUUCUCUCAAGGCGAAACAGCAAGCUCAGAUGAGGCAUCAGAUAGCCGAGGACAGUAAAAAUGAGUACCUGACCUACCUGCAGAAGUUCAACAAAGAUCAGCAUGAGCAUUACUACACUCUCAUCCCACACAUCUUUCAGAGGAUACAGGAGAUGGAGGAGCGGCGAGUGGGCCGGGUGAGAGAGAGCAUGCGUGUGUACUGUGAGGUCGAGCGGAAAGUCUUGCCCAUCGUCAGCAAGUGUCUGGACGGCAUGACCACAGCUGCUGAAUCUAUCGAGCCUAAAAUGGACAGCAAACAAGUGGUUGAGUCGUAUAAAUCGGGCUUCGAGCCGCCGGGCGAUGUGGAGUUCGAUGACUACAGCGUGUCUAUGAAGAGGGCGGUGUCAGAAUCGAGCUUCUUAAACGCUCGAGGAGAGAACAGACGCCGGAGCAAGAGCAGACUGUGGCCUUUACUCAAGAGGAACAAGCUUAUGUCUUUGUUAGCAUCACCCCGUCAGCCCCCUCCCCCUCCUCCCACCUCCCCGUCCCCCGAGGGCCUUCCGAACGGCCCCCAGUCCCCUCAGCAGCCCAAGGAGCCACUGAGCCAACGCCUCAACGACUUCAUGAGCACCAAACACAAAAUGCACUGCCUGCGGAGCCUGAAGCGCGGGCUUUCUCUAAAGCUGGGAACAGGCCAAGAGGACUACAGUCAUCUCCCACCCGAACAGAGAAGAAAAAAACUUCAGGCCAAACUCAAUGACAUCAACAAGGACAUCCAGAAAGAGAUGGAUCAGAGGGAUGCUUUGACUAAAAUGAAAGAUGUUUACAUUAAGAAUCCUCACUUAGGGGAUCCAGACAGUAUAGAUCCACGGUUAGAGGAGAUCACGCACAGCUUGGAAAAGUUGCAGCUUGAAGGGCAGAAAUUUGAGGGCUGGCUGACGGAAGUGGAGAGAAAGUUACUUGAAAAGGGAUCCGAGCCUCAGAGACAGAGCGGACAUUUUGACUCGCAGGGCAACACGCCUCUUACCAACAACUACGGUCAAAACCGUGAGAGUCCGGAUGGCAGCUACACGGAAGACCACAGCGCCGAGACCGGCAUGCAGUUCAAAUCCCGCAGCACUGAGUUUGACGAAGAGUUUGAUGAUGAGGAACCUUUACCCACCAUUGGAACCUGCAAGGCGCUUUAUCCAUUUGAAGGCCAGAACGAGGGCACCAUAUCCAUGGCCGAGGGAGAGAUGCUGUACGUGAUCGAGGAGGACAAGGGUGACGGCUGGACUCGUGUGCGCAGAAACGAGGACGAGGAAGGAUACGUGCCCACAUCCUACAUCAAACUCUUUUUGGACGCCGGUGCCAAAGAUCCCUAAAAGUGUUUGGCUGGCACAGGAGUGGCAGGGCAAGCGUCCUUGCGUCAAACAUCUUCCUCUUGUUACUGUAGUCAGAGAAAUGGCUUAUGGGGGACGGGAGAUUCCCAUUUUAACACGAACCCUCUCCUCCGCCGAAAAAACGAAUCCUGACUUUUUCAUGCCUAGCGUGCUGAUUAUUUGCAAACGCUUGCUUCUCGUAUGGACCUAGAAUAUUUAGCCUCGUGCCGUGGCCGCUUGCUGUCGGACCAGAGCCCUUAGGUUUGUGCGCAGAGGUACAGAUCAAGUGCCAUGUACAUGUUUUGUUGUUGCCUGGCUUUGCUUCGGAGCCCCGAGGAGUUUCCUCGUGAAGACUUUAGGUUUCAUAAAUAUUCGUCAGUGCGGACUGUUCAGUUCUGUGAAAUCCUAAAGCUUUGGAAAUGUGGGGGACUCGUUUGAUACGCAUUAGGCUCGCUUUACUUUGUUCAGUUAAUGGAGCGCUUGCAAGGCAGUGAUGUUCUGAAAUUUUAGAAGACAUCAUCAUCUUCGCAGUCAUAAAGACUUCCUGAUCCGUGCGGUUUUUCCCCCUGCGUACAAAAAGUACGUCAUCAACCAGGAGGUCUUUUUUAUAGCAAAAAGCCAAAAUUGUGGGCUUUUUUUAAUAUAAUCAAUCAGACACCUUGGCAACCCCAUAGUAACACCCUAGCAUCAUGGCGGUGACUUCUGAAUGAUGCGUUUCUAUUAAAAGUCAUUUUUGUCAACUUUUAGGAGUACACUGACAUACGUAGAUGUCCCAAAAACUAUAAAAGUCUGUUUUUUAUUUUAUUUAUGCAGACCAACCGUUCAGAAUUCAAAAUAAAACGCAACAAUGAUAUCGAUGGUAUUUUUUGCGUAAUUAUUUUUCUCCCUGUAUACUGUAUAUAUAUAUAUAUAUACUUUCAACACUGCUUUUCCUGCCUCGCAAGCACUGGUUUCUCCAUCAGGAAAUGUAAAUGUAGUUGUAGUAUUCUAAUGAAUGCAUAUAUUCCCCCGUCAUCUGGUGUGAGUGUUCUGUGAGGUGCUGUUGUAGAUGAAUAGUUCUUCAUGGCAGGUGAAGCGGUAAGCAUCUUCUCUCACUCUUUCCUCCCGGGGAAGAAAGAACUGUCACCUCGCUCGCUCGCUCGCUCACUCAUACACACUUUCUUUCUGCGAUGUGUGCACACGCCACAGCCGCACCCUACACUCUCACGCCUUCUCUUCUGUUGUCUCACUUUCUGUUCUAGACUUUCUCAGACGUAUUCUCUAUUUCUGCUCUCGCAUCUUUCCUGUUUUACCACGGCUCUAUUCAGAUGGGACUAGCUUUCAUGUUUAAAUUCACAUUUUACAGACUUUUUAAUCAUGUCUGUGGCCAGUAACUCGGAUCUCAGUAGGGAAUGCCUGUGAUUGCAGUAUAUAUUCUAUACCUUUUUUUAUUCUUUGUAUUGACUUUUAUCAAAUACUGUAAAUAUAGGUCAAUUUGGCAUUAUAGUGGCAUCGUUCAUGCAUCAGAAAUGAAUCCUGUUUGAAUAGUGCAUAUUUCCUUUCUAUAUUUUUUCGGUCUUUUCUUUGACUUUUAUUCUCUUUUCCUCUCUAUCAACUGGUUUCUUCAUUUCUUUCUUUCUCCCUUUCACUUUUUUUCUUUCUCCAACACCUGACUUCUGUGUCCCUUUAUUUUCUUUUUCUCUCCAGCAACUGGUCUCUCUUUUUCUUUGCCUUUUAUUCUUUCUCCAUAAGGUUUUUGUUUUUUUAACUUUUAUUUUUUCUCCCCAUUUUAUUCUUUCUCUAUCAACUGACUUCUCUUGCUUUUUAUUCCUUUUAUUCUCUCUGCAACUUGUUUCUCUCUGUCGCUUUUAUUCUCUUUCUCUUUGCAACAACUGGUUUCUUUUUUCUUUCUUUCCUUUUUUCUCUCUAUUUUUCAUCUCUCUCUCAUCUCAGUGGAUGUGGCUGUGUGUGGUGUAGCUGUAGUGGUGCAGUGAUUCAGUAGAUGUUGAUGGUGGUCCUCAGCUGGUGCUGUGUUUCGACGCAUGCAUGCUUGCCCUGUCUCUUUGUGUGUGUGCCAGUCUUAGGGGGUCCAGUUCUCUCCAUAAAGUUCAAGCUCUCGACUUCUGACGGUUGAACUUAAGCUUUGGAAACUGUGUUUGUGCCUGUUUUUAUUUCAUUCUACUGUAUCUUGAGUGUUUAUUAUUUUGAUUUUGAUUUUUUGAAAGAUCUGCAUGAUCACUCGUCUACACCCCCUCGAGUUAUUUUGAAGUGUUUACACUGUUUUCUUCUUUUGAGAUUUUCUGAAUGAUUAAUGUGCAAGAGUCCAAAAUUAAAAUAUGCUGGCAAGUAAUUUUAUUAGAAGUAAAACCCCAAUUAAGUUAAGAAUGAUAAUAUGACAUUAAUAUCAAUGACACAAGCAAUUCUAUUUAAAGACAAAAUGCUCUUCUAAUUGAUCAGUUACUGUUUUGAUUCUAUCUGUCUUAUAACUUUUGCAUCUACAAGAUGUAAGAAAUGAAAAUAUGAAUAAAAUGUAGGGCUGUCGAACGAUUAAUCACGAUUAAUCGCAUCCAGAAUAAAAGUUUGUGUUUCCAUAAUAUAUGUCUGUGUACUGUGCAUAUUGGGGGUUUUUUUUGUUGUAAAAACAUACACAUACAUGCAUAUAUUUAAGAAAACUAUAAAAUAUAAACAUUUAUAUAUAAUUUGAAUGAUUGGUAAAUAGAAAUAAAUGUAGGUAAAUAGAAAUAAAUAUGUACAAAUGUAUGUGUUUAUAAAUAAAAAGUUAAUAUGCGCAGGACACAGACAUAUAUUAUGGAAACACGAAAUUUUAUUCUGGAUUAAUCGCAAGUAAUAAUUUGACAGCCCUAAUAAAAUGACAUCAAUGUCUGCAUAAGACGAAUAGCUUUUAUGAUGGUAUGUGCAACACAAUGACCUGUGUCAUGUACAAUGAGAAUAAAAGAGCAAAAUAAUUCUAUUGUCAUGGCGACAAAAUGUUUUUCUUUUUCGUAUCAUCACCAGUACGAAAUCUUUAUUUUUACCCGUACCCUAUUUUACAUUUCUGGUAAAUGUAGUCAUUUCACUCAUAACCAAAUGUUAAUUUUGGACCCUGUUGAUAUCAUUCCGAUUUCAUUUUUGGUGUUAAACACAAGUAUUUACCUCAUUCCAGAUAGAUUUGAGCUGCUCUUUAAUAAUAGGUUCUGAAUGUGACUAAUAUUGUCUUAUCAUUUCUAAAGAAACACUGCUGCAGAGCUGACAUGUGUGUUUUUCUGUAUAUUGUGCUUUGAAUUUGCUGGAUUUCUUCCUUGAAAGACCUCAUAAACAUAAAACUGCCAAAAUGAACUGCGAAAGGCUUUUAUUUGUAUUUUUUUUAGCAUUUUUUGCAAAUGCUAACCAGUAUAUAAACUUUUGAGUUGUCGAAUCAUUCAUAUUGUAAAAGACAAAGUUGUAUGUCUGCCAAACUGGGCAGUUUUUAUGUAGAAGUUUAACAAAUUAAAGGUCGUUUUA